UCUGAAAAUAUUUUGGCCUGUGUCGUGCCAGAGUCUCUAUGUGUGGUUUUUAUGAAACUAAGGUCUGUUUCUGACUGGAAACUUGAGCUCUUUGCCAGGCAGGUUGUUUUCUCAGUGUGUUAGUGAGCAUCAGUCUCAUCAAAAGUCAGGUGACAUCCUGUCUUCUCGUGUCAUCGUCUAUGUUUGUGUGUUUGCAGGCCUGCUGUUGCUGCUCAUCUCCCUGUGUGCCGGGGCAGCAGCCAUGUUUGAAUCCACACUGGACGCACACUGGGAGCUGUGGAAGAAGACACAUGGGAAGAGCUACAAAAAAGAUGUGGAGGAUGCUCACCGCCGCAAGCUGUGGGAGAAUAACCUGAAGAUGAUUACCGUGCACAACCUGGAGGCCUCAAUGGGACUUCACACCUAUGAACUGGGCAUGAAUCACAUGGGAGACCUGACAGAAGAAGAGAUCCUGCAGUCUUUUGCAACCCUCAAACCUCCCACUGGCAUCCAGAGGGCGCCAUCUCCCUUUGCAGGGGCAUCAGGUUCUGGCAUACCAGACACUGUGGACUGGAGAGAGAAGGGUUAUGUCACCAGUGUCAAGAUGCAGGGUGCUUGUGGAGCUUGCUGGGCCUUCAGUGUUGCAGGGGCCCUGGAAGGUCAGUUAGCCAAGACAACAGGAAAGCUGGUGGAUCUCAGUCCCCAAAACCUGGUGGAUUGUUCUGGCAAAUAUGGUAACGAAGGCUGCAACGGAGGCUACAUAGACCGAGCUUUCCAAUAUGUCAUUGACAACCACGGAAUUGACUCUGAUGCUUCAUACCCAUAUACAGGACAUGAUGAUCAGUGCCACUACAACCCAGCAACCCGUGCUGCCAACUGCUCCAGUUACCAGUGUCUGCCUGAAGGGGACGAGAACGCUCUGAAGCAGGGUCUUGCUACCAUUGGACCCAUUUCAGUGGGAAUUGAUGCUAGGCGGCCCACGUUUAUUUUAUAUAGGAGUGGAGUGUAUAAUGACCCAUCAUGCACUCAGAAUGUGAAUCAGCUGUUAGCUGUGGGCUACGGCACUCUGAAUGGACAAGACUACUGGCUCGUAAAGAACAGCUGGGGAACUUCCUUCGGAGAUCAGGGAUACAUCCAGAUGGCACGCAACCAGAAUGAUCAGUGUGGCAUUGCUCUGGAUGCCUGCUACCCCGUCAUGUAACUGCAGAG